UGCGCCUCCUCCUCCUCCUCCUCCUCUCCAGCCGCAGUGACCCUGCGCUCCUCCUCUGCUGGACAGGGCGGCCGCUGCUGGAGCAACAAGCAGGCAGGACUCACUCACACACACGCUGGGGGGACGGUGAGCGACGUGCUAAUCCCUGAGAACGAGCUGCUUCUGGGUUCAGCAGGAGAAAAGAUGGGGAGCAUGUAUAAGGACGAGCAGGACGACUGGGUGACGGUGUGUCUGAAGUACCUCCUCUUCGUCUUCAACUUUCUCUUCUGGAUGGGUGGAGGUGUGGUGAUGGGCGUGGGGAUCUGGACUCUGAUUGAUAAAGGAGACUACCUGAGCCUGCUGGCCUCCAGCACCUUCGCUGUCUCAGCCUACAUCCUCAUCCUGGCUGGGGCACUGGUCAUGGUCACUGGAUUUCUGGGCUGCUGUGCGGUCAUCCGCGAACAGAGAAGCCUCUUGUCCACGUACUUCUCCUGUUUGCUGCUGAUAUUCCUGAUUGAGCUCAUUGCAGGAGUUCUAGCGUACGUGUAUUAUCAGAAGUUGAGCGACGAGCUGAAGCAGCACCUUAGCAAGACGAUGACGACGAACUAUGCUCAGCCAGGGAAGGAAGGCAUCACUCAGGCGGUGGACCGACUGCAGCAGGAUUUCAAGUGCUGUGGGAGCAACAACUCCUUCGACUGGCAGCAAAGCGUGUACAUCUUGUCCCCAGAAUCGGAGAAAAGGGUGGUUCCUGACAGCUGCUGCAAGACCAUAACUCCAAGUUGUGGCCGAAGAGACCACCCCUCCAACAUCUACAAAGUAGAGGGCGGCUGCAUCACUAAGCUGGAGCACUUCUUGGCAGACCACCUGCUCAUCAUUGGAGCUGUGGGGAUCGGCGUGGCCUGUCUACAGUUAGCGGGAGCACUGCUGACUGCAUGCUUUAUUUAUCUGCUUUAUAAAGAAGAGGAAGAAGACUUCUCUGACGUUUGAUUGACUAGUGCCACUAUUUGGCUCCUGAACAGCCAAGAGGGGACAAGAUAUGUGGGAUGGUGUUUACCUGCUGCCUGCACAGACAGAUAAAGCUAGACCCGUACUGACCGAUCAGCACGACUGCUACGGGUCACCCCAACUGCCUGCUGCCAGCCUGCACAGCCUUUCCUUUUUCUUUUCAAUGCCUAAACUGCAUGAAUGUGCCCUCCGCUCCAGAACAGACUCAAAUGGAGAGAUCCUCUCCCUUCUUUUAACACUUUGGCUCUCUAUUUCAGUCUGGUGGGUGAAGACACAUCAUGAAAACGUUUAUGGCCAGUUUUUUAUAAUGUGGGAGUCUCAGCAAGGAUGUAGCGGAAUGAACCGAUUUACACAUUAAGGAGGCUUUCUAGUCUCGAUUUGGCCAAAAAUGAUUUUCGAAAAAUAUGAAGAAGUCUAUUUUUAUUCAGUAUCUCUGUAAGCUGUGCUGUGUAUUCUUAUUUAAGUCUAUGUGUCUAUGUUGGUAGCAGUUUUAAGAUAUUUAAUCUUUAUGCUGCUAGAUGUCAACUGUCAACUGGGCACAAGAACUGGACCAAUGUAGUAUACUUGUUAGAAGAAUUCACUGUGGUAUUUUUAGUAAUAAUAGACAUAUACUUUUUAAAACGUAUUCAAGUAUUUUCACAUCAGUAGUUUCACAAAACUUGUAAUAAUCUCUAUAUGUAGUUCUCUUGCCAGAUAUGUGUUGCAAGGAAAGCAGCUGUGUACAGUGCGUACUCACAUUUUCCAGAACGACUACUGAGAAACUGCAAGAGCAGCUUCUAUCCCAUAAUGCAUUUCAAAAACGCCCUUGAUUCAGACAAAAGUGCCCCAAAAUGUGUCUGCAGAGCGCUACUCACUGAUUAAUGGGUUAGUUUGGCAAAAAAUGUGAUAUAUUUAUACCUUUACUCCAAAUGUUUGUCGGCCAAAAGAAGAUGUUUGCUUCUUUAGUUUUUCUCUAGAGCUAUAAAGCUGAUGUACCUAACAAGUAAUGCAAACUUAGCAAUUUAGCAGCCCUAACUUAUCUCACCUGUCUCUAACUGUGUCAAGUUAAGUCAUCUCAAACAGACUUGCUGAUAUUCUUUCUGACACCACAUAACAUAUUGAUAUCUCCAGUAAUGGACAACAUGCACCAUAGCUAAAACCUGCAGUGGCAGCUAUCUUGAAGCCUGAAGUCUAUCCAUCCAUUUUUAUAGACAACAGUAUGUCAUACAGUGUCGGAAACCACAUACGUGAGUCGUUUUGAGAUUAAAAAACUCAAUGCAGUUUGAGGCAAGAAUGUGGUGAUGUAGGCUUGCAGUUUGUAUGAUGAUAAUUGAUGGGAUGUCAUUAGCUACAUCAGCCUCGUAGUGCAAAAUUUAAGAAGUAAACCUCAGACACUGAGACCCUAUUUACAUCGUUUACUAUAGCAUACAAUUAUGAAACCUCUUUCGUGAUACUCAGCAAAACUCGUCUUUGUCCUAUUUAAACGUGAAUUAUGACCACUUACUGUUUAAAUGUUAGCUGUGUUUACUAACUCUGGAGCCUGAAGCGUUUGAUCAAAGAAAAUAUAGCCAGUCGUUUUAAAGCAGUGGGUUAAUUUUGCCUGGUAGUGGUCACUCAGUUGGCCAAGGGCGUUUUCUCCAGCUCCCUGAGCCAGUGUUUUUCUGUGUAGCUGAUUGGCUUAAGGCUGCUGCACUGAAUCUGAUGGAGAGUUUGGGAUCCCUAGCACAAUGGUGCAGCACAAAUAGAGACCAUAGUGAGAUUCUAGUUGUUGUAAAUAUGAUUUAUAGACUGGCAUUCAGUUUUCGACCCGCCGGCUAGUUUUACCAGUUUUACUUUAAGUAUUUAGCAGAAAAAUAGAUAUAUUUUUCAGUAAGGUAUAUUUCUUCUAUUUGCUUGUUGUGAUUGGUAGGGUGGUGCCCCAGCACCCAUAAUGGACAAAAGAAAACGUCCCACCUCUUAAGUUAAAUUUAGUAGCUUUGAGCAGCCCAAGCUAAUAAAAAAGGGCUAGUUUGGUUCAUUCACUGUCUUGCUGCAGCGCAUAACAUUUUAACGCACGUUGUCCAUGACCACCAUGACUACAGGGGGCUAAUUUCUAAACAGCUUAUUGUUAUGAACAUUGGUGUAAAGCAGAGUUAAGGAAAUGAAUAAUGGCAUGCAAAAUUGUGAUCUUUUGAACAGAACUGGAACAACAGGAGCAACACAGGUGAUUGGUUAUUGUAUACGAGCUGAUUUGUAUAUUAAUUGAAUUCCUGUCCGACUAACCAGAGGUGCACAUGAAAGACCAGGUAUAACCUAAUUUUUGAGUAAGAGAAAAAUUAAUUGUAAUUGUAAGUUAGACUGUUUGCCAAACACUGGCUAUAAUGAAUGAAUGAAUUAUAAUGAGUACUGUUCUGUAGACACACUCACAGAACUCUUGCUUUCACUCUCAUUUCAUGCUUUGGUAAUGUCAAAAGGCACCAUGCCUUCUUUAAAACCUGUGUCGUGAUGCUGGUUCUUACUGGCUUUCUCAUGUCAUGUUCCAUGGUUUUGUGCAGUGUAUGUUCUGUUGGUGUACCUUUAUUAUGUUCUAAGGCUUUCAAGUCACAAUCUUUCAGUCAUGUCAAUUGAAGCCGCGCUGCGCUAUGUGGAUGCAUUAACCUGCAGAGUACACUUUCCUUAUCUGUCAGAGAGGCCUUUAAUAGACCACUGCCUUCGAUAUUAUUAGACCUGUUAUAGCUGCAAAGGUGCGGAGGUGUUAAAGAUGCGAAAUCUUCGUACUCCAGGUGUUAAACUCCUUCCAUUUGGAUUGAAUCUCUGAAUUCACAUAUUAAAUCCUGUUAAGGAGAAAAUGUGCACCAUGGCCAGAGAUUAAAUGCAAAUAUUUUCUGCCAGCUCAUCACGAGGUUACCACAGCAACCCAGUCCAACUGAAACUCACUCUCAAUACCACUUUUGCCUUCUGCUCCAAGCAGAUGAAUUUAUUACGUUUAAUUUGGCCAGCAUGCACUAUUGUCUUAUGUACUGCAUAUAGCUGAAGCAUGCUUGGAAACCAGAUCUCUGUAGUCUCAGUCAUACUGUAUAAUCGGAUAUAAAUGGAACUGUUAAUUACAACUUUAAGAUGUAGAUCUGCACUUGAUUUAUAGUUCCUGACUUGGUGCAUAGAGAAUUUCAGUUGGGUACUAGUAUGUGCUUUAUAUGACAUGGAUAUCUAUUUUUCUUGCAUUUGAAUAUGUGCUACAUCUGUUGCCUAAAUGCCUUAAGAUAAAUGUGUGCUUUUUGGAAGGGAAUAGUAGGCCUGCUUUAUGCAGAUGCUGCAAACGCAUGUACUAUAAAUGAAUAUAUAUAUGUGCAUUUUUGAUACUGAAAGUAAAAUGUAUGUUUUGGGUAAAUAUAAGGAAUACCUAA